AUGGGGCCCGUGUCGAGGGGCGCUGACGUGCCACAACAGCCGGAGAAUGGGGAGGGGGAAUCGUCGCGGAAAGUGAUAGUGCCUGAGCUCCUCUGGGCGCUGCUGCUCGCCUCGAUAGCAGGCCUCUUCAUACAGUCACUCUCAGCCAACCUCGGGAUUGUCACAGGCAAGCAUCUGGCGCAGCACUGUCGCCAGGAGUAUCCCUCGGGUCUCAACGUCGUGUUGUGGAUCAUAGCAGAGAUCAACGUCAUCGCCAGCGACGUUCCCCAAGUGGUGGGCACAGCCAUCGCACUCAACCUCCUCUUCCCCAUCCCCCUGUGGGCCGGUGUGCUUAUAACGGGCUGCAGCGCCCUGCUGCUCCUUGCGCUCGAGAGAUUCGGGGCGCGGCCUCUGGAAACGAUAAUGGCGCUGAUGGUGCUGCUUAUAGCGGGGUGCUUUAUAGCGGAGAUGGUCAAGGCGUUACAGCCGUCGGACGUGGGAGAACUCUUCAAGGGCAUGGUUGUGCCCCAGCUGCAAAAUGUGGGAGCACUUGCGGUCGCCAUCUCAAUCCUUGGGGCCACCGUCAUGCCCCACAAUCUCUACCUUCACUCCGCCAUCGUUCUCAGCCGCAAGCAUGCGGGCACCACUCGGGCCAUCAGGACUGCCAGCCACUACUCGCUGCUAGAACUCGCUUUAGCGCUGCUGAUCAGCGUGGGCAUCAACGUGGCAGUCAUUUCUGUGGCUGGCGCCGUCUGCCACUCCGCCAGUCUGCCGCCCAGUGCAGCUCAAGCGUGUGCCAACAUCAGCAUCAGCAACGCGCACGUGCUGCUGACGGACGUGCUGGGUAAAUGGGCAGGGACGCUGUUUGGAGUGGCACUGCUGGCAGCAGGGCAGAGCAGCACUGUCACUGGGACGUAUGCCGGGCAAUACGUGAUGCAGGGCUUCAUUGAGCUCCGUAUAAGCACGUGGCUGCGCAACCUCAUCACGCGCCUUAUUGCCAUUGUGCCGGCGCUGCUGGUGGCUCUUCUGUUCGGAGCCAAUGGCGCCAGCCUUCUCAUCAUCCUCUGCUCGAUUGUGUCGUCCUUCGGCCUGCCCUUCGCCCUUAUCCCACUCCUCAAGUUCACCAGCACCACUCUCAAAAUGGGCAUGUUCGCUACACACGCGUGGACAACCGUUGCCGCCUCCAUUGUGGGCACUCUCAUCAUCCUAGCAAACGCCUCUCUCAUCAUCUGGACCUGCAUUGACUUGGCCCACCUCAAUCCCUCCUCACCCCCCUCCACCGAGUCCAACCUCGUCCGAAUCAUCUUCACCGUUCUAGCAUCCCUGCUACUCCUCCUCUACCUCAUCACUCUCGCACUCCUCGCCCUCCGCCCCAUAUCAACUGCAACAUACCAGCCCACAAAAGACGAGCUUGCCAAAGCUGCUGCAGUGGCCAAAGCACAUGACUUAGCCAUUGAUACUUACACUAACGGAGGCCCAGGUGGAGAUAGCAAAGGUGGUGAUAGUCAAGUGAUGCUGCUGGCACUGCAGCUGCUUCGUUUUCUGCCUCGGAACCUAGUACAUUGCAGUGAGUGCGGCCACUGA